AUGACGAUUAAUAAGCUGGAAACGGACCCAUCAAAAGGGAAGACGCUCGACAUUGUGAUGAAGAAAAUCAAACACAAGAUUGUCGAAUUCAUGGACACGGAUUCGGCAGAUGCGUUAGGUCUAUCGAGAGCAAUUCUUUGCAAUGAUCCACUUCUGAAGAAAAUGAAGGUUCUCGAAGACAAUACAAUGCUCUACCGAAAUCUCAUAGCUUACUUCAGUGAUCUUUUCUAUUUCCAGGAGAAAAUAAGCCAGUACCAAAAAGGUUUGUAA